AAUGGGUGAAAAAACUAAUAGUGGAUUUCAUUACACCUUUCAGGACUCAGGGAAUCAUAAUGCCGUUCAGGACUGUGGGUAUUAUGGUGACUCCACCAUUUUGUUGCCAAGUUCCCAUGAUAAUGGUGUGGGAUGUAGUGUGUUUGCUAUGGACACACUAUCUCAUGAUAAUGGGUUUCGAGGAUGGGAUGAACUAUCAAGACAAGAUAAGUUACCUUGGCAGAAUGCAAGUCAGCUUGAUCGACAAAAUCGAGAUGAUGGAAGUGGUGAGGUUUUUCUGCCCAUCAACAGUAAAUUUAACGAUUUCAGUGGAAGAAGGGGAGAUAAUAUGGUUUAUGUUCAGGGCAUCAAUUCGCAGUGGAAAACUAUUAGUCAAUGUAUACAACGACCAAUACCUAAUAGCAGCGAAGAGAAUAGCAACAAUACUGGUAUUCAAAUGGUUGCUUCAGCAUAUUCAGAUAGAAUUCGAGAUCUGUCUUUAUCUUUGGGGCAAUUGCUCCGAGUUGAUACCCUUGAGAGCAUUGCAUGGGAGCCAUGCCACCUUGUACUUCCAGACGAUCGACCUAAAAUUCAAAAAAAUGAGGAUAAUUCUUCCAUGUGGCAAGUGUUGGUGAGUGAUGAGAAGAAUGAAAUACAUGGGUACUGCAAUAAUUUUCACAUGGUAGUUGAAACCUUUAUGAAUCCAAACCGUUGCUAUAUUGCAAACUCACUCGGCUAUAAGCUUCACGAUAAAGAUCAAGAAGACUAUAUCAGUUAUAUAAAAGAAGAAUUUACUGGUUAUAUUAAGGAAGUUAAUAGGUAUGGCUUUGAUCAUAUCAUUAUCAUUGGAGAACUUCACUAUGGAAUGCUUUUUCUGGACUGCUUUGGUCGUGUAUUUAAUUUGGAUGGUAUGACAGAUGCAUUAUGGUUUCUUGGGGAUUACUUCAAAGGAGUGGAAAGAGUGGCAAAAGGACUUGCAACUGACCAGGUGCCAUGGAUCCUAAGACCUGAUGUAGGAAUUAUUGAAGAAAUUAAGAAUGGUAUGUGCAAAAUUUAUUAUUCAUUUAAAAAUGUUUAUGUAGAAAUUAAGGAUAGUAUAUGCAAAAUUUACUCAUUUUAA